AUGGCCUAUUUUUUAGAGGAUAUAAGUGUUUUUGAUAGUUUUUAUUUGGCUGUAAUUUUCAUGACAAUCAUAGGUUACGGUGAUUUCUCAUUUAGUACGACACCGCCAACCCCAGCACCCUCACCCCCUCGUCGCCACCAGUCAGUCCAGCACCCUCAUCACCCUCAUCGCCUUCGUCGCCCGCAGUCGAUCCUUACCAGUAGUAUAUCCGACACUGCCAAUCCCAGUACCCUCGCCCCCCUCGUCGCCCGAAGUCGAUCCUUUCCAGUGGUAUCCGACACCGCCAACCGCAGUACCCUCGCUACCCUCGUCGCCACCAGUCCCCUCGUCGCCACCAGUCAGUCCUUACCAGCGGGAUCCGACACUGCCAACCCCAACAUCCUCAGCACCCUUGUCGCCACUAGUCAGUUCAGCACCCUCACCCCCCUUGUCGGCCGCAGUCGAUCCUUACCAGUGGUAUCCGACACCGCCACCCCAGCACCCUCACCCGCUCGUCGCCCGCAGUCGAUCCUUACUAGUGGUAUCCGACACCGCCAACCCCAGCACCAUCACCCCUCAUCGCCACCAGUACCCUUGUCGCCACCAGUCAGUCCUUACCAGCGGGAUCCGACAUCGCCAAUCCCAGCACCCUCGUCGCCACCAGUCAUUCCAGCACCGUCACCCCCUUCGUCGCCCGCAGUCGAUCCUUACCAGUGCGAUCCGACACCACCAACCCCAGCACCCUCCCCCUCCUCUCGUCGCCCCCAGUUAGUCCUUACCAGUGGUAUCCGACACCGCCAACCCCAACACCCUCAACCCCCUCAUCACCACCGGUCAUUCCUUAACAGCUAG